UGCAGUACGAACAAGUCUUAUCGAUCGGUGCCGAAAAGAAUAAUCAGACAUUCGUUCGGCAGAUACAUUGAUCCGAGUGAAAGGAAAUAUUGUGAAGAGAAAACUUGAAGGACUACAAAGGGACAGAAAGAAGAAGUGAUCAGAAUGGGUUACGACGACGUUAUUUCACACAUUGGAGAAAUGGGCCCGUACCAACGAAGAGUAUUCGUUGUUAACUUUAUACCAUCAUUAACCAGCGCCUUUCACGUCAUGGGCACAAUUUUCCUGUUAGGCAAACCAAAGUUCAGGUGUCUGACACCCGAGGAAGACCAAAGAAAUGCAACAUACAUUCCGGGACUACAUACGGCAAACAUUACGCAUCCAUGGGAUAACGCGACACAAAUUUCGUCGCAGUGUAAACCGUAUAACCAAACUGAAGGAGUUCGCUCUGAGCUACUAACAACGAAGGGCAAUUUACCGUCGACACCUCGUGUCGUGAAGUGUGCCUCUUUUGCCUACGACGACAGCCAAUACGGAACAACUGCCACAACCGAAUGGAAUCUGAUAUGCGAUGAUGCGUGGUUGAAAACUACCAGCGAGUCACUGUUCAUGCUAGGAGUGAUGAUGGGAGUUUUGACUCUCGGUGCUUUGUCCGACAAAUAUGGACGCAAGCGAACUCUGAUAUGGGGUUCAGUCUUGCAGUUAAUUUCGGGACUACUGGUCGCUGCUUCGCCUAAUGUCACGAUGUUCGUAAUUUUCAGAAUGAUUGUAGCGACAACGAGUACUGGACUUUACGUUGUGGCUUACGUUGCUGCAAUCGAGAUGAUUUAUCGAAACAAGAAAAUUCCAACUGCGACUAGUACUUUCUUCUUUAUGGGAGGUUGUCUUCUUACAGUCAGUUUUGCAUACUACAUAAGAAACUGGAGAAUUUUACAGCUGGCUUAUACCGCGCCUACCCUUUUAUUCCUGGCAUUAUCGUGGUCCAUUCCUGAAUCUGCACGAUGGCUGCUGAGCAGAGGGCGUGUGGAAGAAGCAAUGAAUAUACUUCACAAGGCAUCGAUGGAAAAUGGGGUGAAAUUACCGCGGGAUACAUUGGACGAACUGCUGAUAACAGGAAGUGAAAACAAGCCAAACAGUAAAAAAUCAUCAUUGCUUGAUCUAUUGAGAUACCCAAAUAUCAGAAAAAGGAGUCUGAUACUCGUCAUUAUUUGGUUUGUCAACAAUUGCACGUAUUACGGUCUAGCAUGGAACACCGCGAACCUUGGAGGCAGCGUUUACAUAAAUUCUACAAUUGCUGCCAUCGUGGAGCUACCCGCAAUUGCAUUCUUAGUAUUCACCAUUGACAAGUGUCGGAGAAAGGUUAUUUUGGGCGGCUCUAUGAUGCUCUCGUCCAUAUCAUUAUUUUUGGCAGUUUUCGUUCCUGUCGACAUGACAUGGCUAGUGACGGGUUUGGCCAUGAUGGGAAAAUUGUCAAUCACAGUCUCAUAUUCAACCCUCUACAUCUUCACAUCAGAGCAGUAUCCUACAACAGUUAGAAAUAUUGGCGUUGGAACUUGUUCAGCUAUUGCUCGGCUCGGUGGAGUGAUAGCACCAAUGAUCGUCGACUUGUCUGAAAUUUCGACGGUUCUUCCUCUCAUUACUUUUGGAUGCAGCAUAGUGCUCGCCGUGUUGUUGUUACUACUUCUUUCAGAAACGUCGAUGAAAAAGCUACCAGAAACAAUAGAAGAGGUAGAAGUAGAAGGGUUUGAAAAGUGUAGGAGCAAAAUGAACGAGCCAACUUCUUGAAUGGUGUUGAUAACACCCAGGCGUUACAGAAACUGUAAAAUUAAUAAUUUCAAAUUGUUGAAGAAAAACCGCGAGGGUGUUAAAUUAUUUAUUUAGUACGAAGCUAGUCAGAUGGCGCACGUAUGUAACCCCUUGUAGCGCGCGUACGAAAUAUAUCAAGUCAGCGGAGGGAAAGAUGCGAUGUCAAAUUGCAAACUUAAUAGUCACCUUCGCAUAUUGAAGUUAUUCUAUUCAAAACGCAACUAGUUUUUUCACCCGCACUAACCAUAUUCCACAUCAGAAAUACGUGAAAUAUCCAACAGAUGUAGUACAUGUAAUCAUUGCGAACAACCUUACAAUCAAGUGAACCCGUUCUAUUUUUGGUCGGAAAAUUGAUACCAUAAACUGCUUUAAAAAUAGUCGAGGUUCCGCGAGUGAUACAGCAGACGAAAAAAGGAAGUAAACGCGAUAUCGUCUAAUGGUUAUCUGUCAAACGACGUUCGUAGACAAACGGUCGUUUUUUACGAGGCAAACUGACAGAAAUUUAUAGGCAAUGUAUAGUCGACUAAUGUCCAUCUAUGUAUCACCUUUUUCUCGAAUUGUUCAGCAAUGACUUUUCGGUGUCUUUUCGACUGAUUGUCAACGUUUACCUGACAUCUUGUUGUAUUUGAAAAAAGCAUCUUGGAGUAAUCCAGAUGUUCUUCACACGGGUAACCGGUCGUUGUUUUUAAAUUUUAAGGUAUUAUCAACGCGUAUAUAUUUAUAUAUGUCACCAUAUAUAUUCACCUUUAUUGCAUAGUAAGAUGUAUAAUAUACAGAGUGUCUCAUCUUAGUAAAUCCAAAUAUCUCGGAAGCCAGAAGUGCGAGUGAAAAAUGCUUGAGAAAAAAAUUGUAAAGUCCGAAGGGAGAAAUAAGAUGAGAGCGUCAGAUUUAUCCUAAGUGGACCCGACAAUGUCAGAUGAAGAACAACUUUAUUUUUUUUUGAUAUAAAACAGUAUAUUUCUUUCACCGGCACCUGAACGGGCAUCAAAUUCCACAUCAAAAAAUACCUACUUAUCGUCGUAAGAAGUUCUUGGUCUCAUAAAAGUGAGAGAGUUACAGCAGAAUGAACUACAUCAUUUUACGCCCAACGGUCUCAUUACUGCGUUACACUACAAUUAAAAAACUGACUCGUACACGCUGUAACGCAGUUAAUACCGAAUAUUUCAGCAUUGCAUUCGACUAGACAAGACGCUAGUUGUGACUAGAGAAUCGUUACAACAACUGAAAGAGCAGAAAUACGACUGAAAGAAAUCGGCCGAAAUCGUUCCAGUUAUUCUCUGGCUGGUGAAUAAUUUGCGCGAAUAUGGAGAACAUACAGAUACGGUAAUGCUUGAUGCACUUCGGGCGUUACAUUACUUUUUAAUAAUCCGUAAGCUUUAGUAAUUUUCAACACUUAUUAUUACACGAGCUAAAUAGAGUUUCAGUACAAGUUCAUAGGUUUAUGUUAUGUAUUUCUUAUCCUAAUUGUGACUAGGUUAAAUUAAAAAUUCUCUUUUGCUGUCGUUUUCUCUGGUUACGUAAAAGUCUUCGCUGACUCAUUAUAUUGUUGAUAUGAUUACGAUAAAAUAUUAUCACAUUAUAAACUUGAAAUAACAUUGGAACGUAUAUAUUAAAUAUUUAUUUUCAUUCAAAAAUACAGUUAUAUAUAAUAUUUACUUACCGAAAUAAAUGAUAUUUACAUUUAUAUUUCUUUGCAUACGUUCCUCCUAACCGCCUGACAUGCGUACCAUAAUAUGUAGGCUGCAGCGAGUUUAUUUAUGUACAUACAUAUAAACAUACCUGAAAUAAGUGGCUUCGAGAUAAUAAUAUUAUAUAUCUGACGGACAACUAUCGGUACCUAGGUGACGUCGCACUUACUACAGGAUACAUUGUCAUGUGGUAAAGAAAAAAAGAAAAUUAACAAUUGUACAUAUUCAUUCAGUAGCAAAAACGACUAUUUUGACUUUCACUGUGAUUUAACUCUCAGCAUACA